AUGGCAUCUCUGACUCGCCGGGAGGGACAGCGCCAGACACCCCCGGGCUGGGGCUGGGGCCGGGGCUCGUGCGGACGUUGGCGAUACUGUACUGUCAGCGAGGUUCGCUCUCGCUGCACUGCAGCAGCCCAGAGGUAUUUGAGGUGGUGGUACAGGAAGACGCAUGUAGAGAAGAAGGCUCCUUUCAUUGACCUGUUCAACUCGCUUCCUCUGCGCCAGAUCUAUGGAUGCCCACUGGGCGGGUUUGGGGGCGGCACCAUCACACGAGGCUGGCGGGGAGAGUUCUGCCGAUGGCAGCUCAAUCCUGGGCUGUACCACUACAAAACCGUCAUUGCUGACCAGUUCACUGUUUGCUUGCGUCGCAGAGGGCAGACCAUUUACCAGCAGGUCCUGUCUGUGGAGCGACCCAACACCCUGCAGGGCUGGAACUGGGGCUACUGCGGUCACUAUGCCUUCUACCAUGCCCUGUACCCUCGUGCCUGGACAGUCUAUCAGCUCCCUGGACAGGACGUGGUGCUCACCUGCCGGCAGAUCACCCCCAUCAUCCCCCAUGACUACCAGGACACCAGCCUGCCUGUGGGAGUGUUUGUCUGGGAGGUGGAAAAUGAAAAUGAUGAGGACGUGGACGUGUCCAUCAUGUUCACUCUGAGAAAUGGCAUGGGGACCAAGGAGGACAAGAGAGGGGGCCACUGGAACGAGCCCUUCAGCGUGGAGAAGGAGGGCAAGCGGGUCUCUGGCGUCCUGCUGCACCACUGCAUCCCUGUGAACCCGUACACCCUGGCCAUCUCUGCCAGGGAAAAGGCUGGCACUGGCGUGACCCACAUCACAGCCUUCAACCCUGCAGGCACAGGACAGGAGGUGUGGCAAGACCUUCUCUCGGACGGACGGCUGGACUCCCCGGCAGGCAAGAGCAGCCACACAGAGAAAGGGGAGGCGACUGCUGCGGCCGUGUGUGCCCGGUGCACGGUGCCUGCCCGGGGGCACGGAUCGGUGGAGCUGGCCCUGGCGUGGGACAUGCCUUGUAUUCACUUUGGCUCGAAGGAGAAGAUGCAUCUCAGGCGGUACACACGCUACUUUGGCAGCAGCGGCGACGCUGGCCCUGCCCUUUCCCACUAUGCGCUGACGCACUACGAGCAGUGGGAGGAGAAGAUCGAGGCCUGGCAGAAGCCCAUCCUGGAGGACAGCGAGCUGCCUCCCUGGUACAAGUCGGCCCUCUUCAACGAGCUGUACUUCCUGGCGGACGGCGGGACGCUCUGGGUGGAGCUGCCCCCAGAGGCCUGCGCAGAGGACGUGCAGGGUCCGAGGGGGGCAGGCCUGUCGCAGCUCUUCCCCGUCCUGCAGGAGUACGGACGGUUUGCGUACUUGGAAGGGCAGGAGUACCGCAUGUACAACACCUACGACGUCCACUUCUAUGCCUCCUUUGCUCUCGUCAUGCUGUGGCCGAAGCUGGAAAUCAGCCUGCAGUACGACAUUGCUGCCGCGGUGCUGAACGAGGACACGCAGCCCCGGCUGUACCUCAUGAACGGGCAGACGGCCCAAGUGAAGCUGAAGAACGUCGUGCCGCAUGACAUCGGGGAGCCCAGUGACGAGCCAUGGCAGCACGUCAACGCCUACCUGAUCCACGACACGGCCAGCUGGAAGGACCUGAACCUGAAGUUUGUGCUGCAGGUGUAUCGCGAUUACUACCUCACCCACGACUCCACCUACCUGCGGGACAUGUGGCCUGUCUGUCAGGCAGUGAUGGAUUCUGAGCUGAAAUUCGACACCGACAACGACGGGCUUAUCGAAAACGCUGGCUUUGCCGACCAGACUUACGACGCGUGGGUGGCAACUGGAGCCAGUGCCUACUGUGGCAGCCUGUGGCUGGCAGCUGUCUGCAUGAUGUGCAAGAUGGCGGAGAUCCUGGACGACGGCGGGGUCCUGCACAAGUACAGCGCCAUCCUGCAGAAGGGCUCGGAGGCCUUUGAGAGGCUGCUGUGGAACGGCAAAUACUACAAUUACGACAGCAGCAAGGGCAUCUCUUCCACCAGCAUCAUGUCGGACCAGUGUGCAGGCCAGUGGUUUCUCCGGGCUUGCGGCCUGGGCCAAGGGGAGUUUGAGGUUUUCCCCAAGAGCCACGUCCUCAGCGCACUGAAGACAAUCUUCGAGAUGAAUGUCAUGGGCUUCUCCGACGGCACGAUGGGAGCCGUGAACGGCAUGCGGCCGGACGGCGUCCCGGACACCACCAGCUUGCAGUCCAACGAGGUGUGGGUUGGCGUGGUGUAUGCCCUGGCGGCCACCAUGAUCCAGGAGGGCCUGGUGCAGGAGGGCUUCCGCACGGCGGAGGGCUGCUACCGCACCGUGUGGGAGCGGCUGGGCAUGGCCUUCCAGACGCCCGAGGCCUAUUGCCAAAGGAAGCUCUUCCGGUCGCUGGCCUACAUGCGCCCCCUCAGCAUCUGGAGCAUGCAGCUGGCCCUGGAGAGCAGAGCGGGGCGCGCGCCCGACUCCCCCACCCACGAGUGAAGGCACCACCGGGCUGAAGCCGGGGAUUGCUGCUGCGUUGCCCCAGGCCGGGAGCCUGCUGGGGGGGACGCGCUGCGCACAGGCCGCCUGUGCAGGGGCCGGUCCAGGCACUGCCCCUUCUAGAGCUCGUUUUAAUUGCUGUGUCCUCCCUCCUGCCACCCGCCCCUCGCAUGCUCCGGCGGUCAGCGGGCCCCUCCUGUGCGAGGGGUGGGGGGCGGUGUGGCUCGGGGGGAUCUGGGGGCCAGGGCUUCGUCACCCCUGGAAGUCCCCCCGUCUCCUCAGGGCACCUGCAGGGCCUGGCCCGGCCCAGGGGCAGCGAGCUGGAAGCCAUCCUCUCCUUGGCCCAGCAGCAGGGCCUACGGGACCCACUGCUGGGAGGGGAAUCGCCCUCCCCAGCGCAAGGACCCCCACUCCCAUUCGCUGCAGCUGGUCUGGGAGGGGCAGCCACAGCUGCCCAGCAUGAACCACACCCUAGGAGUGCCCUCUCCUCCCCCCCCUGCCCCGCCCCGCCCCGCCCCACCCCACCCCACGGCCUGGCCUGGCCUCUGACCAUCCUCCCGCGCGGCCGGCAGGAUGGGCCCGUGCGUCUGCCCCAGGCCCCCGCGCCGGCUCUGCACGGGAUCGCAAUCAGUUCUGGUCUGUCGGCCACAGGGGAGACAUUUUUAGAUGCAAAGUGAUUUUAAUUUAAAUUCAUAAUAAUAAAAUCUUAUCUGUCCUGCCUGUGCUGCCACAUCUAGGGCUGGGCUCUCAGUUGACAAGCCUGGCUCCCGUCCCAUGCCACCGCCCCUUUCCGCACACCUGCGUGGAGGUGGGCACAAGCCCAGAGCCGCGCACCUCUGGCUGCAGGGAUCGUCGGGCCGGCGCGGACCUCGAGCACAGUCUGCCCUCGAGGCCUUUCCAGCAGGUGCGGGCAAGCACUGAGUGGGAGCGAGACUCUGAGGGGUGCAUGGGAGACGAGCGUGCUGCAUCCCGAGGUGGCGAUGGGGGAGCCCUGUGGUUGCAGUCCGCUGCCCGCCUGGAGCAGGAGCUCCCUCCCGCGGAGCCGUGCCAGGCAACCCCCUGCCCUUGGGCUUGCACCACGCCUGCCGUGCAGGAGGAAGCUUUCGUUCCCCGGCCGGAGUGUGGCUGCCUGCCCUCGAGCCCUGGGCGCUGGCCACAGCCCAGCUUGGCCUGGAGGCACGGGUGCUGCUUGGAAAACCCAGCGGGUCCUGCCAGGGGCUCUUGCUCUUCCCAGCAGGGUCAGACCCAGUGCCUUGCGCGGUCCCUGGUCAGUGGCCGACUGGGAGGGUCCUGCCAGCCCUGCAGGCUGAGGUGAGCCACGGGGCCCGGGGCAGGCGUGGUGCUAGUGUGAUGGCAGCACCUUGUUGCACGGUGCUGUGCAGCGGGGCAGGCCUUGCCCCUGGGCUCCCAGCCCAGGCCUCGUGGAGUUGCCUGAGGCCUGCGGGGGGGAGGGCUUAUGGGGCCGUGCUGGUCAGCAGAGCCCCAGGGCACUGGGAGAGACGGGGUGCUGCUGCAGUGUCCGCUCCCUGGCCAGGGCACCCCAGGUUCACCCCAGCCUGGCUGCAAGGAGGCCGGCCUCCUUGGGGGCACGAGCAGCUGUGUCCUUCCACCCCUGCGCCGGACCCGGUGCUGCUGUCGUACCAGGUGCAGCUGUAGCAUGGGGCUCAACAGGGACAGCUGUGCACUCCUGCGGUGCCUGGGGGCACGGCCACGGUGUACAUGCUCCUCGCUACGAGUCCCGCCUGUGGCUGGUGUGAUGCAUGUGGCAAGGCCGGAGCUGCCCUGUCGUUCUGGGGUGCGGGGAAGCAGCUUUGCUCCCUGCCCGCAAAACUGGCCUCCAGGCCAGGCCUGGUUGGACACCAGGGGAAACUGGGCCAAGAGGCGUUUGGCCCAGCCUGGCCCCUGCACAUCCCCCGGGCCAGGGGGUGGAAAGCAAGGGGGAGGUUGCAGGGGCUUCUGGCGCUGCAUGCCCGUUUGGUCUUGCUGGGCCUGGUGCACCUGCGUGCCCACCCUGCCUGGCAAGAGCCAGGGACCUGGGGCUGCCAGUGGCCUGGGGCACGCUGGCUGCGGCCUCUCCGAGCAAAAGGGCACGGGCAUGGGGAGCAGCUGGCACCGGUGCCUGUCUGCAUGAGCCAGGCCUGGCCAUCAGCCUGGGAGAGGCUGUGCAGGCUCAGGGCAGCGUGUGGCUGCUCCCCCCCCUAUGCUAACAGGGAUGCCCGUGGGUCUGCAGGAGUUUGGCCCUUCCCGAGCAGGGCCCUGUGCCCAGGCUGACUGCUGGCAGCAGCUGCCUCUGGAGCAGGGGUACAGCCCAACUGCAGCCACAGAUGCUCCAGGAGGAGGGCAGGGAGCUACAUCAAUGCAGCCCAGCAACCUGGCGCGCUGCCCCUGCAGCACCAGGGAAGGCGAUGGCAGAGCUGGUGCGCGAGCCAGCCAGAGCAGAGCGAGUCCAGGGCACCCGGCACAGCCUGGAGUUGCUGUCCCUGCUCCUUGGGUCUGAGCGUGGGGACCCUGGGCACCGCAGGCAGCUGGGGAAGCCAGAGGGGCUGAUACCAAAGGGCAGAGCUGCCCAGGUACAAUGGUACAGGGUGAAGCUGGGCAGAGGUGCUGCCUGGGGCAAGUGAGUCCAGCCCCGCCCAGGGGUGAGCACUGCAGGGUCUCUGGGCCGACGUGCCUUCUUGUCCAGGGGUUUCUCUGAGUGAGAGCAGGCCUGAGCCCAGGGCAGGGGGCUGGGCCUGGCAUCCUCACAGCCCCUGCUGCACAGGGCCUGUCGCCCGCCCGGGGUCUGGGGCACGUCCCUAUCCCUCAUGACCCAGCUCCCAAUGCAGCCACACACCUGGCAGGAUCAGCGUCGCCUGGAUGUGCCCUUGUGAGGUCCCUCCCUUUGCUCUCCUUCAAUGGAGAGGAGAGAGUGAAGGGCAGAGGCCCCCCAGGAGGGCUGGGCGCACGGUGGGGGCAGUACUGGAAGCCCAGCGAGAAACUCCCAGCACGACGGAAGAGCAAAAAGGGCGAGACACCGAUGUGGCUGCACAAGCAGCUUCUGGGACACCUCCGUGCAAAAGGAGCUGCUCAACAGCUGCUCUGCCUCCGUCUCCGGUCCUGGAGGGGCUGCCCCGAGGAAGUGGGAAAGCACCUUUGCUGCUGACAGAAGGCCGCAGACCAACAGCUUGAUGUUGCAGCAAAGGUUUAGGCUGAGAUCAGGAAAAGAUGUCUUCAGUGUCGGAGCGGGGAGGCUGUGGGAGGCCAGGGGCGCGGGACCCUCCCUCACCAGAGGUGUUCAAGGAGAGGUUGGGCAGCCGCUGCGCUGGGCGGCGAUGCUCUAGGCCAGCGUUUCCCAGCCUACGGGUUGUUCCUGUGGCCAAGCAAAACCCGGGGCAGCUGAACCCCGAGACUUGGGCCUGCCCGCCAAAGUAUUUGGAAGUAUCUGAAGCCUGAGGACGGGGUGGAGGAUGCUUACUGGUAGUAGGGGCACAUAUGGUUCUUGAACGACUCAAUUUGGAGGCGAUUUGGCUGAUUUGACUUGGGACAUGAAAAGUUUCCCUUAAAAAUAAAUGAGCAUAAACAAGUUUUAAAAAUGGGUUCUCCUUUAACGGAGAAAAACCUGGGAAAUUGGCUUUUCUUUGAAGGCCGGCAGAGCUCCAGCCUGCAAGGGGCUGCUUGGGGCCCUCUGCUCCACACGCUGGGGGGCUGGGGCCAGCAGGUGAGGAGUGAGGGGUCUACACUGGCCCUCGAUGUUUACCAAUGGGUCCUGGUACACGAGGAGGAGAACCGCUGCUCUAGGCACAGCAAGGCCCGUGCUUGCUCUGCCACAGCGACCUCCCAGGCUUCUGGGCUACUGACCCCGCACGCAGGGACGUGUGCUGGGCCAGGCCUGAUCCCUGUGGCCUUGACCAGCAGCAUUUACACAACUGUCCCAGGCUCCUCUGCGUGGCUUAAACACUGCCCAGAAACACAGCAGAGCGAGGCCAGCAGGGCCCCAUGGCCCUCACACCUAGUCCAGCCCCAGCUCCAGGCAGGACGGUCCCUGUCUGGCCCAUCCUUGUCUGCCUUGUUCCUACCACCGUGCCAUGUGCCCGACCCCCAGGCCAAACACUGAGCGCGCCCAACCCUGCGCUGGGUGGGGGGCUGAGGGCUGGCAGGGUCCUGCUGUUGCAAAGGGUGUUUGAUGUACUGAGGCCUCGGCUGCAGCCACGCUUGGUGCCCACGUACCAGCUAAGCCCACAGAAGGCAUCACUUGGGCUCCUGCUAUGGCCACAGCCCGCACUUGUUGGCGUGGCUGCCAGGCACAGAGCAUGGCUGCAGCCCACAUCUGGGCAGAGCAACCCGCAGCUGUGCUGAGGCCAUGGUCCCUGCUCACACCAGCCUCCAGGCCCCUUCUGGCACUGCCAAGGCUCCUCGACAUGCCUGGCCCGUGAUGGGUGCUGCAGGGCACUGGCUGCAGGUGGGUGCUAAGGGCUUUUCCCAGGCCCUGGUUCCUGUAACCACAAUGUCCAGGAGGACCCACCCAGCUGCUUGCACAAGGCCUGGGGCAGUUGGGCAGAGCCUGGGAGCCAUAAGCUGGAGCCCCUGCCUGUCCCACCCAGCUCCCGGCACUCUGCCCCGCUGCAGGAGGGCUGCGGGCUGCUCCCUGCCCCUCGAGAAGCAUCUGCUGCUGCUGGCAAUGCAGCUGCGCCCUGUGCUUGCAGUACAAAGUGCAUGCCCCUGCAGCCAGUGUGUUUGGACUUCACCCAGGCUCAGGCUCGCAUGGGGACAAGGCUGUGCCAAUCCCCAGGCUGGGCUGCAGCAACCCCCCGUGCCUCUGAAAAAGGCAAAAAAUCCCAAGGGCCCCUGACAUCUCUCUCACAUGAAGGAGUGUUUUCUGGAUCCCGCCUAAACCUGCUUUGCUGCAUCUGCAUGACAGUAAGUGGAGAGGAUGCUACUUGCAUCAGGCAGACCUGUAAACCCAUCUAGAUGAAGGCCUGCCAAAAAGCCCCCCCCAUUUCCAAAAACCCUGCAACACUGUUAUGUUCAGCCCCCAAUUCUCUGCUGCUUGGGUCCCCAAUUAGCCUUUACACUUGUUUAGCCACGCUGGGUGCCGGGGACAGCAGGGCGCCCUCUCCAACUCCUCUCUUGUUAAGUAAACAGGCAGCACUGGCGUUGCCCUGUACAGCCGCAUGGAAUCCCCCAUACCGCCUUACCUGUGCCACAAAGGAGUCAGAUGCCUCGGCUGACUCCUUUAUGACUCUUGGAUGCGAGUUUUCCAGGCCAGUAGAUGGAUUUUGCAGUGGUACAAACUUGUACCAUGCCACAAGCUGCACCCAGGGACCCCACCUGAAGCUUUGCUACUCUGGUCAGUUAUGAUGUGCCUUGCACCCGUCCCACUCAAAACCCACUCCAGGAAGCACAGAAAAGCCCCCAGACCAUGCCACUUGCUAGAAACCAUGAGGUCUGAGGGCCUGAUGCCCAGACCCAGAGUGAGGGCGGGUGCCUGGGCCUGAGAUGCAAGCGCAGCCAGCACCCAAGGGGCUGCAGAGGGAGCAGGGAUGGCCCCGGAUGACCCCUGGCAAGGCUGAAACCUUGGGAUCCUGCUGCAGCAGGGCUCGCGAGCAAGGCAGGGCCACGCUCAGGGAUCUGGACCUGAUGCUGAUCUCACGCCUGGGACCUCUGUGCAGGGCCAGGGAGGAACCCAAACCGACCCCACAGCCACGGCCGACUGGUGCCUCCUGGGGCUGCCCCCCGACUCAGAAGCUGGCGGUGGCAGCGAGGAUGGGGCUGGCGAGCACCUGCAAAAGCCGCUGGUGGCGUCGGCGUUAGGGGGGACACGUGCCCGUUGCCCAUGCCCACAGCAAUGGGUGGCGCAGCUGCAGGGCAGCACCGAUGGCAAAGUGCCUCCAGCUGCAGGGCUCUGGGCCUGGGUGGGAGCCCAGCGAGCAGCUGGCCCCAAAGCCAAGCCCUGGGGGCAGCGCUCCUUUCUGUGAAGAGGGCAGUGCCCUUGUGAUCGCUCCCCGGCUCCCGCAGCAGCGGUGGGGAGCGACCGCUAUUCAUGACAGCGUUUGCCCCCCCCCCCGGUCCUGGCGCGUCCUCGAGCCGCAGGGCAGAGGCGAGGCGGGGGGCCGAACUCGGCGCAGGCCCCCGGGCGGGACCCAGGCACACAGGCGCAGGCAGAGCGAGCAGGCCGCGGCCUCCUCCCGGCAGCCGGCGCUUUAUUGCGGAGCUGGGUUGGGGGU